AUUAAUUUGUUCUUGAUUUGACAUUUCAAAGAAAUAUAAAAGGAUAUCAAAUGAUCGAUUUACCAUUAAGAACAUUACCACAAGAAAGACGGAUAUUGUGGUGUUCCAACGAUAGCCAAAAAGACAACAUUUAAAAAGACAACAUUUUGAAUUCCGAUGCAAGGCCUCCCCUAAUAUCAUCGGAUUAGCGUUGAUAGGGCUGAUAUGGUAUCUCAGAAAACUGAGAUUUGAUCAAAACAUACUUCAAUUAUCAAUUGUUCUCUUUCACAACGUGAAAUAUCAUCAACAUUUAGUUGAGGUGUGCUGUGAUAAAUAGUUAGUGAUAGUUCAAGUAGAAAACUCGCUUAUGACCAUGAUCUCUUUGUUUGUUAUUGUCGUACUAAAUGGGCAAUCAUCUAUCUCAUCAAAUAACUGAACCCUUUCUGUCCUUUUUUCGCGCUAAUAUUAGUCUGUUAUUGUGUUCUUAUAUCCAUGAGUUUGCAAGUGAAUUACGUUCUUUUGUUUUCGUUUCAGCUGGAAUUUUGCAUUCAAGGUUUGUUCUUCGUACUUCUGAAAGCUAGGUUCAUGUCUGAGCUCGAUAUCCAAGUCCCUACCACCUUUGAUCCGUUCGCUGAUGCAAAUUCUCAGAACUCAGGCGCUGGUGCGAAGGAGUAUGUACAUAUCCGAGUUCAGCAGAGAAAUGGCAGGAAAAGUCUGACUACUGUUCAAGGCCUGAAGAAAGAAUUCAGCUACAACAAGAUUCUGAAGGACCUCAAGAAGGAGUUCUGCUGCAAUGGUACUGUUGUGCAAGAUCCAGAACUCGGACAGGUUAUCCAACUUCAGGGCGAUCAGCGGAAGAACGUGUCAACCUUUCUCAUACAGGCUGGCAUUGUGAAGAAGGAUAACAUCAAGAUUCAUGGUUUUUAAACACAAGCAAAGAAAGGGGAUUGAUGCACAUUUUGUGAUUGCAACUUUCCAGUUUGUUUUCAUUUCAUCAAGUGCGUUACCAGCAAUGAUUUCUGAGUUUUAACACUUCUUUUUUCUGCAUAUAGCAGAAGCUUGGUAUAUUAGUAGCUUGGUGAUGUUCUUAUUGAUGAUCAGUGUAUAUCAAAAAGUUAUUUUUCUGAGUCCCCAAUGGAGGUGGAGAAUCUGCCCAAAAGUUUACCAGAUCAUUAUAUUCUAUUUUGGAUGAACCUUAUAAUGUGUGUCAUUCUGUAUAUAUUUUACUACU